CCGCUCUGGCCGCGGGGCUCUGGCCGCGGGUCUCUGGCGCCGGCCCGGGGAGCCGUGGCCUCGGCUGACAGGUUCGGUCCCGGGGUUCGGGAAGUCCUCUCGCGGCUCGGUGUCCCUGCGGAGGUCGUCCCUGGGCCGGAGGAGGAGGACGGGUGAUCCGAGGGAGUGAGCGACGCUUCAGUCCCCACGUGCCAGGAUGAACUGUCGCUCGGAGGUGCUGGAGGUGUCGGUGGAAGGGAGGCAGGUGGAGGAGGCCUUGCUGGCUGUACUGCACACGGUGCUCCUGCACCGCAGCACGGGCAAGUUCCACUACAAGAAGGAAGGCACCUACUCCAUCGGCACCGUGGGCAUCCAGGAUGUUGACUGCGACUUCAUUGACUUCACCUACGUGCGCGUCUCUUCUGAGGAGCUGGACCGGGCCCUGCGCAAAGCUGUUGGCGAAUUCAAGGAUGCACUGCGGAACUCAGGCGGUGAUGGGCUGGGCCAGAUGUCCCUGGAGUUCUAUCAGAAGAAGAAGUCUCGUUGGCCGUUCUCAGAUGAGUGCAUUCCCUGGGAGGUGUGGACAGUCAAGGUGCACGUGGUGGCCCUGGCCACAGAGCAGGAACGGCAGAUAUGCCGGGAGAAGGUGGGCGAGAAGCUCUGUGAGAAGAUCAUCAACAUCGUGGAGGUGAUGAACCGGCACGAGUACCUACCCAAGAUGCCCACGCAGUCUGAAGUGGACAACGUGUUUGACACAGGCUUGCCAGACGUGCAGCCCUACCUCUACAAGAUCUCCUUUCAGAUCACCGACGCCCUGGGAGCCUCCGUCACCACCACCGUGCGCAGGCUUAUCAAGGACACCCUUGCCCUAUAGGCCUUGCUGGAGCCUUGGGAGCUCUUGGAUGGCUCCCAGAUCUCGGCUUCUAAGGCUUCUAUUAUGGAGCCUUUGGGGUUCUGGAACCUGCUGUAGGUCCUUGGUAAGACUUGGAAGGGGCAGCACCAGCCUCUGAUGAUCCUUAAGUUCUGCUUGCAGGCUCUCCACACCAUUGAUGGGUUCCCCUUCUACAUUCUCUAGGGUGCUGUGGGAGCGGUGAAUAAAGUUGCAAUGUGAGUUUGGGUUCAA